GGCUGGUGAGAAGCGAAAGGGAGAAGAAGAAAACGCGUGGUUGCACCCUUGAAGAGAGAAAAAUGGCGACAGUGAGGUCCAGCCACCAACUUGAGUUAAGCCUGAGGCUGGUGACACAACAGGGAGCUCCACCAAUCAGAGGUAAAGGACUCGAUACUCCGCCCGCGGCAAGUUGUCUCGGAGAAAGCGAUGAUCCGGGCGCAUUAAAGGGAUGGAAGGUGGAUAGAUCGACCGCCUGAGGCCGACCAUCAUGGCUGACGAUGGCCGGUUGGAUGAAGAUCUCAAGGCACCACUGGAGAUCUGAAUCAUGCCUCGGACGGAGCAUGGCUCUGAAUGGUGAAUGCAAGUGUUCUUGUACUAUCUGUUCCUGAGAGACGCUCUCCUGAAUUACAUCAUUGUUCUGCCAUCCCCCAACCCUUAACUAAAGCAUGGAAGCCGUCGUAAUGCGCAGUAGUAGUAGUAAUAAAAAUAAUAAUAAUACUAAUAAUCUCCUGAAGGGAUUCAUACCGUAUGGACCCCGAAUAAAUCAGAAGAAAUAGAAAAUU